CAGUGUAUAUACGGAAACAUUGGAAACUGUCACUUGGUAACUCAAAUAAAGAUUUAAUCGUGCUCAGUUCUGUCUACAUAUAUUUGAAUUUGGUUUGCAAGACAUACACUAACCGAAUUCAAAAGCUGAGCAUACUGCAUAUUAUUUGGAACCCAUUGAAGAGGGUGAAUAUAAAUUUGCGGAGGUUGAAAACAGUCAUCUUUUUUAUAAUGAUGAAGUUAUAAACGAAUAUAUGGAUCUAAUCACACAACGUUCGCCCGAAACAGUUUAUGCGUUUAAUACAUUUUUUUACCUAGCUCUAUCUGACAAGGGAUACUCACAUGUUUGUCGUUGGACUAAGAAAAUUGAUAUAUUCUCAAAGAAAAAAUUGUUCAUACCUAUUCAUAUUGAAGAUCACUGGUGUUUAGUGUAUGUUUGCUUUUCACAAAAAUCCAUUAAAUAUUAUGAUAGCAUGGGUGGACGUAAUUUUAAAUGCUUAAAAUUGAUAUUGAAAUAUUUAAUGUUGGAACAUGAUAACAAAAAAGGAGAAGAUUUUCAUCCAAGUGGCUGGUUAUUAAUGAAUGUGAAAAACUGCCCUCAACAAUUGAAUCAUUGGGAUUGUGGAGUGUUUGUUUGUAUGUUUGCUGAAUAUUUAUCGAGGGGGGCACCAUUGAAUUUUUCGCAACAACACAUGGAAAAAUUCAGGAGACAAAUAGCAUUAGAAAUCAAAAAGAAAAAACUCAAAAAAUCUGUACCAGAAACUUAAGCUUUAUUGUAACAAUAAAUAAUGAUGCAUAAUAUGCUCGAUAAGUUUUGUAAGUGUUAUUGAUGUCAGAACACCCUUCCUUUAUGCAUAAUUUAGUUUUAAUAAGUAAAAUUAUAUUUUGACAUAUUUAUAAUAUAAAUAUAGAAUACUUUGUUAUUAAGUUUUAUUAAUUCUAACCUAAUACAAAUCCUAUAUAAUUAUAAACACAAUUUUAUCAUGAUUUUAUGAUUAAAUAGUAAUUAGAUGUAAUAACAUUAAUGUAUUUGAUAACUUACAUUAUAACUUAAUUUUAUUUACUUAAACUUUAUUUAUUAAAUGAAAACUUUAAAUUAGAUGUAUUGAUUCCAUAAUAACUAAAUAACUAAUUCAUUGUUUAGUUAAGUUAAAUUAUAAUUUGUAUUAGUUGUAUUGUUAAUUCAUCCAGGAAUUUAUUGGCAGAAGUUUAAACAAUUGGUUAUCUCAGCAAAUUUGAUUAAGUAUUAUCUGUAGUGAAUAAACAUUUUUUUUAUUGUGUAACUGCAUUCAAUUUUUUGGAAAAUCUGUUUUAUAAUUGUAUGGAGCGAAUAAAAUAUUUUAGUUCACAGAAAAUUACAUAUAAUACUAUAUACUAUGUUAUGGUUAAAACUUAAAGUACUGUAAUAUGGCCUGGGGGUUACACGAUAUAAAUAGAUAUUUAUAGUGGGAUUUGUGGGAUGCUUUAAAUAUAAUUAUAAAUUAACAUGGCCAGGAACAGAUAGAUAUAAGGAUCUUAAUUUAAUUUAAUAAACGAGAACUUAAUUUCAGUUGUUAA